GAUACUUCUUGAGACCUACAUUUUUAUGCUUGCUUGACUUGCAGACAGUAGCCCACCUCUUCAAGACUUCUAACAGUGAGAAAUCCAAUCAGUGCAUUUUCAUCCUGUAACGAUGGCUACUGUAGAAGUGGCUGCCAAGAAGACAAACUACAGUAGUGUGCAUGAGGCAGUGAAAGCUGGGGAUGUGGAACAGCUUGCGUCAAUGAUAAGAAGUGGAGCUGGUAUUAAUGAGGUGGAUUUAGUCCACAAAUUCACACCACUGCACUGUGCUGCACACUCUGGAAGCCUGGAGUGCCUUCACUGGUUGCUCUGGCAUGGAGCUGAUACAACACGUGUGACUGUGGGAGGCUGGACAGCAGCUCACCUUGCGGCUAUCCGGGGUCAGGAUGCUUGCAUGCAGGCUUUGUUAGUGAAUGGAGCAAAUGCAGAAGCUCAGGAUGACCGUGGGUGCACACCCUCACACUUGGCUGCAGCUCAUGGGCACUCAUACACCUUGCAAACCUUACUGCGACAUGGAGUGAAUGUGAAUGUUUCAGACAGGAAGGACUGGAAGCCUGUUCAUUAUGCUGCUUUCCAUGGCCGCUUGGGCUGUUUGCAGCUUCUCCUUAGAUGGGGAGCAUGUAUUGAUGAUGUGGAUAACAAUGGAAACCUUCCAGCUCAUCUAGCAGCAGUGGAAGGGCACUUGCAUUGCUUCAAGUUCUUGGUCAGUAAAAUGGCCACUGUGAUGCACACACUGAAAGCCAGGAAUGACCAAGGGGAGACUCCAAGGGACUUGGCUGAACGGUUCUAUAAAGAUAAUAUCCUGCAGUAUAUUGAUGGUGUGGAAAAAGAGAGGCAGCAUCCAGAGACACAGGCAGUUUUAGCUUUCCCAGCUCAUGGUGCUGCUUCCCAAGGGGACUUGUUAACACUUAAAGGAUUAGUGGGAAGUGGAGUGAUCAAUAUGAAUGAGCGGGAUGAUGAGGGAUCCACUCUCAUGCACAAAGCUGCUGGACAGGGGCAGAUCCAGUGCCUACAGUGGUUGAUUGAAAUGGGAGCUGACUGCGACAUUACAAAUGAUGCUGGAGAGACUCCAAAGGAUGUAGCCAAGAGAUUUGCCCAGCUGGCAGCUGUGGAACUUCUGACACAGAGAGCUGGGGACAGUAACUCAAGUGAUGAAGAACUAGAUGCAAACAACAUAAAGUUCUUUGAAAGCCAUGGUGUGGAAGGGAGCACAGAUAGCAAAGCAGAUGUAACACUGGGUAAAGCAGAGAAGAGGGAUGCACGCAUGAGAGCCUAUCACAAGAUUCAAGAACUUCAGCAACUGCUAGAAAUUGCCUACAGCAACUACAGGCAGCUGGGAGGAAUAAUUGAAGAGGAAAAGAAGACAAAGAAAGAAGAAAAGGAAGCUGAGAAGGCUGUGAGGGAGCUGGAGGCCCAGCUGGAAUAUGAGCGGGUGAGGCGGGAGAAGCUGGAGAGUCAGCUGGAUGAGUGCCAUGCCAAGAUAAACCACAUGAGAGUGAGCCUGGAGAAACAAGAGAAACAAUACAGCUCUCCUGCUCCCCCCAUGGAACCUGAGACCAUCUCCAAGCCUUGCAAAGAGAAAACGAAAGUAAAGAAGAAACCAGCCUGCAGCCCUGGGGGAGUGUUUGUGAGACUACGCUGAGGGGUGAAGCUCCAAGUAGGGGCAGCCUGAGGAAGGACAAUGGCAAUAUUCCAGACAACACGAAGUGUUUGCAUAGCCCAGCUCCACAGAGGAGUCAUGGUUCUCUGCAUUUAAUCAUGGAAUGGUUUGGGUUGGAAGGGACCUUAAUGCUCAUCCAGGUGCAACCCCUGCCACUAGAGCAGGUUGCUCCAAGCCCCAUCCAACCUGGCCUUGAACACUGCCAGGGAUGGGGCAGCCACAGCUUCUCUGGGCACCCUGUGCCAGCGCCUCAGCACCCUCAUUAGUAAAGAAUAUCAUCCUAUAUCUCAAUCUCCCCUGUCAGUUUAAAGCAACACUUCUUUGUCCUGUCCCUGCAGGCCCUUGUAAA